AUGUGCAGCGAGGCCGUCCCAGGGGCCAGGAGCUGCGAUUGGCGUCUCUGCGAGGCCGAAGGAGCAGCCCCGGCAGGAGCAGUGGGGCUGGGGCCAGGGCCAGUGGGCACCAGCGUGCUCAUCAGGAUACCUCUGGCAAUCCGGUUUCUUCACGGGUGCCGCUGGGACGAGGGGCAGAAGGUGCUCAAGGGAGUCGAUGCUGUGCCUGUGUGGGUGGGAGAGGGAGGGGCUGCAGAGUUGAGGCUGGUGAAUGGCGGCAGCCGCUGUGCUGGGAGAGUGGAGGUGGAACACGAGGGACAGUGGGGAACUGUGUGUGAUGAUGAAUGGGACUUGAAAGAUGCUGCAGUGGUUUGCAAACAGCUGGGAUGGUUUGUCCGGCUGGUUGGAGGGGACAACGACUGCUCAGGACACGUGGAGAUCCAUGAUGGGGAGAAGUGGAAAAGUGUCUGUGCCUCAGCCUUUGGUGCCAGAGCUGCUGCUGUGGUCUGCAGGGAGCUGCAGUGUGGGGCAGCCCUGAACAUCCGAGGGGCAGCUCGUGAUGGAGCCAGCGCCAGUGCCAUGUGGGACAGAGAGCUGCAGUGUGCAGGGAAUGAAUCCUUCCUCCAGCUGUGCCCCAGGGAGACCCCCAGAGACCAGCUCUGCACCCCCAGAGCUGCUACUUGGCUCAGCUGCACACGGUUCAGGCUGGUGAACGGCAGCACGGCGUGCGAGGGGAGGGUGGAGCUGCACGUGCAGGGGACCUGGGGCAGCCUCUGUGCCUCCCGCUGGCACCUCUCUGACGCCCACGUCCUCUGUGGCCGCCUGGGCUGUGGCUUUGCCGUGUCCCUUCCCAGAGGAGGGAGUUUUGGGAGAGGAACAGGCCCCGUCUGGAGAGACUCGUUCUGCUGCAGUGGGACUGAAGCCCACCUGGGACAGUGCCCAGUGACCGUGCUGGGGGCCUCCCCGUGCUCCCAUGAGGAUGCUGCUGCUGUCGUCUGCUCAGCGGGGGUCGUGGAGGAUGUGGGGGUGGUUUGCGAGGGUGAGUGUCCCCACGGGCCCCCCAGGGCACAGGGUGGGUGGGCAGCCGGCCCCCGCCGCCAUCUGGGCUCCGUCCCCGCCGCAGGGAGCCGGCGCGUGCGGCUGGCGAACGGGCCCGGGCGCUGCGCCGGGAGAGUGGAGAUCUACUCCCAGGGCAGCUGGGGCAGCGUCUGCGACGACGGCCGGGACCUGCCCGAUGCCGCCGUCGUGUGCCGGCAGCUGGGCUGCGGAGGGGCCGUGCGGGCGCCGGGCUCUGCCGCCUUUGGGGAGGGCUCCGGGCACAUCUGGCUGGAUGGCGUCAACUGCUCCGGGGCCGAAGCCGCUCUCUGGGACUGCCCGGCCGGGCCCUGGGGGCGGCACGACUGCGGGCACAAAGAGGACGCCGGAGCCGUCUGCUCAGAGUUCACGGCCCUGAGGCUGGAGAGCAGCGACGGCUGCUCCGGGCGCCUGCAGGUUUUCUACAACGGGACGUGGGGCAGCGUUUGCUCCAACUCCAUGACCCCCAAAACGGUGUCACUGGCGUGCGAGGAGCUGGGCUGCGGGAAGGAAGGGACCCUGGAGAUACAAGGGCCACGGGGCAGAGUGUCUGGCGCCGCCUGGCUGGACCGUGUGGAGUGUGAGGAGAGACACGGCUCCUUCUGGCUGUGUCCCUCCGAUCCCUGGAACCCGCGGUCGUGCGACGAGCUGCGAGAUGUGACCCACAUCACCUGCCACGGGACACGGCCCAAAAUGACCCCAACCCCGGGCUCCGCGUGCCCCAACGCCACGAGCUGCACAGACAGGGAGAGGAUCCGCGCCGUGGGAGGAGAGGACGGCUGCUCGGGCCGGGUGGAGCUGUGGCACCGCGGCUCCUGGGGGACGGUGUGUGACGACACGUGGGACGUGCGGGAUGCCGAGGUGGCCUGCAGGCAGCUGGGCUGUGGGCCCGCCGUGGCCGCCCUGCCCGAGGCUGCCUUUGGGGAGGGCACGGGCCCCAUCUGGCUGGAGAAGGUGGAGUGUCGGGGCACAGAGGCGGCUCUGCAGCACUGCUGGGCCUGGCCCGGGGACCGCGGGCUCUGCCGGCACAAGGAGGACGCGGCCGUGCGCUGCGCGGCUGCGCCCAGGACAGCAGCAUCGACCCCUCGAGCAGAUCCCACUCGGGGCCGCCCGACCAGCAGCAGAAGCGUCUCGUUGCCCGUCAUCAUGUGCAUGAUCCUGGGAGCCCUUGUCUGCCUGCUGCUGGCCCUCCUGGCCUGGAGAGUGCUCAGCGCCAGGGCUGAGCGCAGAGGCUCCCAGACAGCCUUGGAGCCCUUCCCUGAGGCGGUGUACCAGGAGAUCGGUUACAGCCCAGUGUGGGAGGAGCAGGAGACAUUCAGCCCAUCAGAUGUCCCUGUCCUGCCCAGAGGUGGCCCAGCAGAUGGCUAUGAUGAUGCCAGGGAGGUUUCUGACCCUGGGGAGGACCUUGUGCUUGGGCACAGAGGCUGGGAAGUGCCCAGGGCAGCAGAGGAGGGAGCAGGGCCCAGGGACGCAGCUGGAGAGACAAAGCUGUGCUCCCAGAGCAGUGCCGGGGCCCCUGGAGCUGAGGGAGAUGCCCAGUGCCUGUGCCCAGAGAGCUGGAGCUACGACGAUGCCCAAGAGGUGUCCCUGGCACAUCCCCCUGAGGACAGCGAGGCCGUGACACCGCAGCUCAGGGCACAAGGGUGGCCCAUCCCCAGGCCAGGAGAGCCCGUCACUGCCGCGGGGCUGGGAGCAGCUGGGAGGGAGGAGGGAGCUGUGCGGCUGGGAGAGCCCUGA